AUGUCCGACACUGCUUCAUGCCGUCGUCCCAGUCCAUAUAAUCGCGAGUCGCAAGUCCAGAAAGGCCAGUGUGAACCUGAAAUCAUUCGCGGAAAGACUGAAGGGGCCUUUGGGUUGGGGACUCAAUUCUGGUGUGCCAGUCGGGGAAUGAAUGGCGCUUUUUGCACCUUUUUGUUUGUUUUCUUCCUGCGGCUUAUACAUGUAGCUAUUGAAGAUACACAUGUUCGGAUGGGAUGUAAUACUAGACAUCGGUAG